GAGGCGAGGCUGCAGCUCCUGCUCCAACACUAGCACCAGUACCAGCUCACUCGCAGCAUGUGACAGCACCCGGCUGCUCUGCUACUUCUAAUCCUCGCUUUUAACACCCGGGGGGGUCAAAGCAACAAAACAAAACCCAAACCAACCAUCGGUCGCGACUGAUGCAACUAAAAAUAGGUGCUGAGAGUGCAACAAUGCAAACAUUGGUUUCACUGCCCACCUACCUUCAGGUGUUUAGGGCACAGCGAAGAGAUUUCUAGAGAAAGCCAAAUUUUGGUUUCAAACAGCUUCUUGGAGAGGCAGAAAAAAAAAGAACUUCUUGUUUAUUGUACUUGGGACCCGGACUUUAAAAGAAGAAAAAAAAAGGACAGGUUAUCAGGACUUUAAGCAAUUCUAAACACGGUGAUAGCCAAGACCUGGUGAGCUUGAAUAGGGCGAGUAUGAUCUUCCCCCAGCCAACCCCUCAGUGAUUCUCAUGACUGUCAGUGACAGCUUGAUGGAUGCUUGAAAGGAAAUCAAUAUCUGGCGUUGUAUGCGGCGCCGUCUGUUGAAUCAUCCAGGCUGUUGUGGUCGAACGAUCCGAAGCUAUUCGGUGACAAGAUAAUUCAUUUGGUUUGGCUGCAUUCGUUCACACCCGGAGCCUCCUAUGGUGGUGAUAGAAAAGGCGCUGGUGAUACGUGUUAUUGUCUGGGAACUGGCCUCGGUGAGUUUGCAGGGAUUGUAGCAACCGCUGCCCUGCAAAUCUCAGCACACACGACUACCCAGGCACCGGGACAGAAAGAGAAAAAAAGUUGGGAGAGAAGGUCGGUGGCUUUCGGAAGGCGGAUUUGAAACGAACCGUUCGUAUUUAUCCACCUUCGGCUUUCGUUUUAAACGUUCCUUGUUCGUGUGUGCGUUUUGUUUAAGAUCGAAGUUUAUCUCUUCCCGAUGGCAGCGAUAAGUGGGUUUGGAUUUAGGGGGAUUUUCCUGUGGUUUCUCCUUGUGAUCGGGACGAGUACUUGGGAAGAAGUUGCUGGCCAAGUUUGCCCGAAUCGCUGUACCUGCGCUGGGACGGCUGUGGACUGCCACGGACUGGGGCUGCGCUCCGUUCCUAAAAGCAUCCCCAGGAAUACCGAGAGACUGGAUUUGAACGGGAACAACAUCACAAGGAUCACCAAAUCAGCUUUUUCGGGAUUAAGACAUAUGCGAGUUCUACAGCUCAUGGAAAACCAAAUAACUACUAUUGAGAGGGGAGCGUUCCAGGAUCUAAAGGAGCUGGAGAGGCUCCGCCUGAACAGAAACAAUCUGCAGGUUUUGCCUGAGUUACUUUUUCUGGGAACUCCAAAGCUCUACAGACUUGACUUGAGUGAAAACCACAUUCAUGCAAUCCCAAGAAAGGCCUUCCGAGGAGCAGUUGACAUUAAAAAUUUGCAACUGGAUUACAACCAGAUCAGCUGCAUUGAGGAUGGAGCAUUCAGGGCUUUGCGUGACCUGGAAGUGCUUACUAUUAACAAUAACAACAUCUCUCGACUCUCAGUGGCGAGUUUCAACCACAUGCCCAGGCUAAGAACCUUCCGCCUCCAUUCAAACAACCUGUUUUGUGACUGCCAUUUAGCAUGGCUUGCUGAUUGGCUGCGGCAGCGCCCGCGGGUUGGGCUUUACACUCAGUGCACGGGUCCUAGUCACCUGAGGGGCCACAAUGUUGCCGAGGUACAAAAGAAGGAGUUUAUUUGCUCUGGCCCCCAGAGUUCGAUGGCACAGUCUUGCAGUGUCCAUUCCAAGUCCUGCCCAGCUGUCUGCACAUGCAGCAACAGCAUUGUGGACUGCCGCGGCAAGGGCCUCACUGAGAUAUCAAGCAAUCUUCCGGAAAGCAUCACCGAAAUACGUCUGGAACAAAACUCAAUCAAGUCUAUCCCCCCUGGAGCCUUCUCACCCUAUAAGAGAUUGCGAAGAAUUGACUUGAGCAACAAUCACAUUUCUGAAAUUGCACCAGAUGCUUUCCAGGGAUUGAGAUCACUUAACUCUCUUGUGCUCUAUGGAAAUAAAAUCACAGAGUUGCCGAAAGGCCUCUUUGAGGGACUCUUCUCUCUGCAGUUGCUGUUGCUGAACGCCAAUAAGAUUAACUGUCUGCGAGUGGAUGCUUUUCAGGAUCUCCAUAACCUAAACCUCCUCUCCCUGUACGACAACAAGUUACAGACCAUUGCCAAAGGCACUUUUGCUCCUCUGCGUGCCAUCCAGACAUUGCAUUUGGCUCAGAACCCAUUUAUUUGUGAUUGCCACCUGAAAUGGCUUGCGGAUUAUCUCCACGCCAACCCCAUUGAAACAAGUGGUGCUCGCUGCACUAGUCCCCGCCGCCUGGCAAACAAGAGGAUCGGGCAGAUCAAGAGCAAGAAGUUCCGCUGCUCAGGCACAGAGGAUUACAGAGCUAAACUCAGUGGGGACUGCUUCAUGGAUCUCGCUUGUCCUGAAAAGUGCCGAUGUGAGGGAACCACUGUCGACUGCUCCAAUCAAAGACUGGCCAAAAUUCCUGAUCACAUCCCUCAAUACACUGCGGAGUUGCGUCUUAACAACAAUGAAUUUACAGUGCUGGAAGCUACCGGGAUUUUCAAGAGGCUCCCUCAGCUCCGCAAAAUAAACUUAAGCAAUAAUAAGAUCACAGAUAUUGAAGAGGGAGUGUUUGAGGGGGCUUCAGGUGUGAAUGAAGUCCUGCUAACUGGAAAUCGUCUGGAAUCUGUGCAUCGAAAAAUGUUCAAAGGACUGGAUAGUCUUAAGACUUUGAUGCUGAGAAGCAACAAAAUCAGCUGUGUCAGCAAUAACACGUUCACGGGCCUGAGCUCCGUUCGUCUGCUAUCACUCUAUGACAAUCAAAUAACUACCAUUUCUCCAGGAGCAUUUGAUACUCUUCACUCUCUAUCCACACUAAAUCUUCUAGCUAAUCCUUUUAACUGCAAUUGUUACCUGGCCUGGCUGGGGGAAUGGUUGAGAAAGAGACGCAUUGUGACGGGGAACCCUCGCUGCCAAAAGCCCUAUUUCCUGAAGGAGAUUCCCAUUCAAGAUGUAGCAAUCCAGGACUUCACAUGUGAUGAUGGAAAUGAUGACAACAGCUGUUCACCUCUUGCCCGCUGCCCUGCAGAAUGUACUUGCUUGGACACUGUGGUUCGUUGCAGUAACAAGGGUCUCAAAGUCUUACCCAAGGGCCUCCCCAAGGAUGUUACAGAACUGUACUUGGAUGGAAAUCAAUUUGUGAUGGUGCCCAAGGAACUCACCAACUACAAGCACUUAUUACUUAUUGAUUUAAGUAAUAACAGAAUCAGUACAUUGUACAACCAAAGCUUCAGCAACAUGUCAGAGCUCCUGACUUUGAUUCUCAGUUAUAACCGGCUCAGAUGUAUCCCUGUUCGGGCUUUUGAUGGUUUGAGAUCCCUGCGUUUGUUGUCAUUGCAUGGGAAUGAGAUAUCAGCGAUUCCUGAAGGAGCUUUCAAUGACCUCUCAUCAUUGUCACAUUUGGCCCUUGGUGCCAACCCUCUGUACUGUGACUGUAACAUGCAGUGGUUGUCCGACUGGGUCAAGUCAGGCUACAAAGAACCAGGCAUAGCUCGUUGUGCUGGACCUGGUGACAUGGCAGAUAAACUCUUGCUUACCACUCCCUCAAAGAAAUUUGAAUGUCAAGGCCCUAUUGACAUCAACAUUCUAGCCAAGUGUAACCCCUGUCUUUCCAACCCCUGUAAAAAUGAUGGCACUUGCAAAAAUGACCCUGUGGAUUUCUACAGGUGCACCUGUCCUUAUGGAUUCAAGGGACAGGAUUGUGAUGUUCCAAUCCAUGCCUGCGUUAACAGUCCUUGCCAAAAUGGCGGAACCUGCAAUCUGAAAGAGGGAGAAAAAGACGCAUUCUGGUGCUCGUGUUCUGAUGGAUUUGAAGGUGAAAACUGUGCAGUAAAUAUUGAUGACUGUGAGGACAACGAUUGCGAGAAUAAUUCCACCUGCAUUGAUGGAAUCAACAACUACACCUGCCUCUGUCCACCUGAAUACACAGGUGAACUAUGUGAAGAGAAACUGGACUUCUGUGCCCCGGAGCUGAACGCCUGCCAGCACGACUCCAAAUGUAUCAUGACUGUCAAGGGAUUCAAAUGUGAGUGCACACCAGGCUACGUUGGAGAACACUGUGACAUUGACUAUGAUGACUGUCAGGAGAACAAGUGUAGAAACAAUGCACAGUGUAUCGAUGCAGUCAAUGGGUAUACCUGCAUUUGUCCAGAAGGCUACAGUGGAUUGUUUUGUGAAGUGGCCCCUCCAAUGGUUUUGCCACGCACCAGCCCCUGUGAUCAUUUUGAAUGCCAGAAUGGAGCGCAGUGCAUUGAGAUUGGAAAUGAGCCUGUUUGCCAGUGCUUACCUGGAUAUGAGGGCGCCAAGUGUGAAACAUUAGUCAGUGUGAACUUCGUGAACAGAGAUUCUUACCUACAGAUUCCUUCACCAAACGUUCAUCUACAGCCCAAUAUCUCUCUCCAGGUUGCUACAGAUGAAGACAAUGGGAUCUUGCUGUACAAAGGAGAUAAUGAUCACAUAGCUGUGGAGCUCUUCCGUGGGCGUGUACGUGUUAGUUAUGACACAGGUAUAUAUCCAGCAUCUGCCAUUUACAGUGUGGAAACAAUUAAUGAUGGUAACUUCCACAAUCUGGAACUGGUGGCAGCUGAUCAGAUGUUGAGUUUGGUGAUUGAUGGAGGAAAUCCGAAGAGUAUCAACAACCUAGCCAGACAAUCCACACUUAAUGUGGACUCCCCUCUCUAUGUUGGAGGUAUGCCCAUCAGGACCAACUUGGCAGCUUUGCGCCAAGGACCAGGUCAGAAUGGUACCAGCUUCCAUGGCUGCAUCCGCAACUUGUAUAUCAACAAUGAACUGCAGGAUUUCAAGAAAGUUCCAAUGCAGACUGGCAUUCUGCCAGGCUGUGAACCCUGCCAGAAGAAGAUGUGCCAACAUGGCACUUGUCACUCCAUCAGCCAAUCCAGUUUCACUUGUGAAUGUGAAGGAGGUUGGACUGGGACACUUUGUGACCAGCAAACCAAUGACCCAUGUCAGGGCAACAAGUGCGUGCAUGGUAUUUGUGUGCCAAUCAAUGCCUUCUCGUACAGCUGUAAAUGCCAGUUGGGUUUCAGAAAUGUGCUGUGUGAUGAGGAAGAGGAGCUGUUUAAUCCUUGUCAGAACAUCAGGUGUAAACAUGGAACAUGCAGGCUUUUGGCUCUGAGUCGGCCUUACUGUGAAUGUAACAGUGGUUACACUGGAGAGAACUGUGAUAAAGAAAUCUCCUGUCGAGGAGAACGCAUCCGAGAUUACUACCAGAAACAGCAAGGCUAUGCCGCAUGCCAAACAACCAAAAAGGUCUCACGGUUAGAGUGCAGAGGUGGGUGUGACAACGGACAGUGCUGUGGGCCUCUGAGAAGCAAACGGCGGAAAUACAGUUUUGAAUGCACUGACGGCUCUUCAUUUGUGGAGGAGGUGGAGAAGAUUGUGAAAUGCGGCUGCUCACGCUGUUCUUUGUAAAAGCUUCAAACGCUUGCCCCUUUUCAAAACAAUGUGCGCCUGGUGACUGUGUGGGACGUAUGUUGCUUUCGUGCUGGAGAUAUUUGAAUUAUAUUGUAAAAUACAGAACAGACUUAUUUUUAUUAUCAGAAAAUGACUAUUUUCUUCAUUUACAAAUACAUUUCAAGUCCUUUUGACUGAAAGUUGUUGCAAAACACAUAAAAGUACCUGUCAGAAGCCAAACUGUUUUGACUUUUCCUGACUCAGUGUGAGGAAACUCUCUAUAAUUUGACAUCUAGCGGACAAAAUAAAAUCUAAAGGAAGAUUGUGCCACUGAAGAAGAUGUCCGUCCAUCUUUGAAACAGGGACAUGGAUUUAACUGUGCUGAAAGGAAAUGAAACCAAGAAUGUGCAUCGAUGAAGAAGACCUGGAACUUCCGCUGUCAUUUUAUAUCUUGAUUACGUGAACAGCAAUUUUUCUUUUUCCCGGUAUAAUGUGUAUGUUAGCAUAAUCGAGCUUACAAAGUGUUUUAGCAAGCCUUGUUUCCAGUAUUAAUUCUUUGUAAUAUAACUAUAAAUGGGGGACUAUACAACAGAUAGAGAAUUGAUGUAUGGAUUACUUAGUUGGAUAAAGUUUUGUGGUUUUCUUUUGAAAUGAGUUUAUGCAGUAUUCAAAAUAUCAUUAAGAAGUAUUUAUUGUAUCAAGAAAAACUUGUACCUAACUUUGCUAGAACUUCUCUUUCACUCCAUUUUUGAAUCUUUAAUAUAUAUUAAUUUAUAUUUCAUUCUCAUAUUUUUGUAUGUUAAAAACGUUAAAAAAAUGAUUGCAGUUUUUUUUAUUUUUAUUUUGGGGGGGAUAGAGUAACUAACAUUCUAGCAUGUCCUCUCGGGUGAAUUGUGUUGUUAACUUUUUGAUCAGUUGUGUCUCCUGUACUUUUGACCAAUGACAUUGCUUUGGUUUACAAAGCGUGGGAAAUAACCUCAGCCUAACGGUGUCAGAUGUAACAAUCCAGUGUAUAUUUUGUGAAAUUCUGCUGAAUUUGUACGUUUACCGGUGAAAUAAUGAUCUCCUUGACAAACUU